CGUGAAAGUUGCUGUUGAUAAAAUGGAUACUCCAGUAGUGGCCAGAUAUGUUUCAAUUUUAAAAAAUCCAAAGAAAAGCUUAUUUCAGAGUCCUGUGGACACUGGCAAGGAGAAUGAUUUGCCAGGAUUUUCAACACCUUUGGUACAUGCAUCAAUGAGCUCCCGUGUAAAUACUCAGAAAAGGAAUAGGAAACUUAGCUGGUCACCUGUAAAACGAACUCCUGUUAGGAGUCCGCCAAAGAAGAAAAGCAGAGAAGGAGCAUGGACUGAUGAUCAAGUUCGAAGUCUAAUUGAAUUUGUGGCUCUACAUAAAGAUUUGCAAACUUCUGACAGUGAAUGGCCAUCCAUGAGAUCAGAUCAUGUUUAUUGGAUAAAAGCAGCUGAAUAUGUUCAGAUGAUAGAUGGUUCCACUCGUAGUCCAACAUCAUGUAGAUCCAGGAUAGUGAAUAAACUCAGAUCAACUUAUUCAACUAUUUCAGAAGCUGAAGAUGCUUACAGUUGUGAUUAUGAGGACAUCAGGGAGUUAAAUGGUGACUCGGGAUUCCUGGAACCUGAUCAGAAUACCAGUAUAUCACCUGCAAUUGACGUCAUUGAAAAAGUGUUACUCAAGUCACUCAAAAGAUUAGAUGUUGAACAAUCAACAAAACUUGUUGAACAAUUCUUUAAGCAGAAUUCUGAGAUAAAUAAAAAAAUAUUUGCUAAACUCAUUAAUACCAGAGGACAUCUUAUUGGACAUAUUCGAUAAUAUUAACAUUACGGCAAGUCAAAGAAAUGAGGUGGUACUAAAAAACUUUGAUAAAGUAUCCCGUUCAGACAAACUAUGUCUUCUAGACACACGUUUCAAAACUGUAUGUGCUGAAAAUGGUAUAAAACAACCACCAGAGAAAUUCACAAGCCUAUCAAUCAAAUCAAUGGAUAUACUACAGAAAAAAGGGAAACCAAAUGUACUACUAGAUUUUGCCAGAUGUCUCGGCACCAACAGACCCGAUUCUGAUAGUCCACUUUUGCCAGUUGACAGGAUGCC